UUUCCUCCCUCGCGCUAUAAAUUGAUCCGCACUCCGCGGCAGCCACAUAGCAUCGGCAGGGCGAAGUGGCAGCAGGAUAAGAAGAAAGCCGUUCCCUUUCGUGCCUCCCGAUCACGGUUCUCUCGCGGGGAGAGAGAGAAACAAAGCAGUACCGAUAUCGCCUGUGAAGAUGAGAGUUGUCAGCCUCGAGGGCGUGAUAGACGAAUUCGAAGCGCUGACCAAGGACGCUAGCCGGACACAGAGGGAGACACUCCAAAAGAUUCUCGAGCAAAAUGGUGAAGCAGAGUACUUGCACAAGUUUGGCCUCGGAGGAAGAACCGACCCUGAAAGCUUCAAGGCCUGCAUCCCUUUGGUCACUCAUUGCGAUUUGGAGCCUUACAUUCAGAGGAUUGCGGAUGGUGAUACUUCUCCCGUUCUCACGGGGAAGCCUAUAUCUUCGAUUUCACUCAGUUCUGGUACCACACAGGGGAGGUCCAAGUUUAUACCCUUCAACGAUGAGCUAGUUCGGACCACCAUGCAGAUGUAUCGGACUUCGUUUGCAUUCAGAAACCGAGAAUAUCCCAUCGGGAAUGGAAAAGCUCUGCAGUUCAUCUACGGCAGCAAGCAGGCAAAAACUAAAGGGGGCCUUAUUGCGACGACUGCUACGACCAAUGUGUACAGGAGCGAACAGUUCAAGCGCACGAUGAAGGAUAUCCGUUCUCAGUGCACCAGUCCUGACGAAGUUAUAUUUGGUUCGGACUUCCAGCAGUCCUUGUAUUGCCACCUCCUGUGUGGGCUGAUGUACUCGGAUGAGGUGCAGAUCAUCUCUUCCACCUUUGCUCACAGCAUAGUCCAUGCUUUUCGAACUUUCGAGCAGGUGUGGGAGGAGCUGUGCACCGAUAUCAGAGAAGGGGUCCUCUCGAGCAGAAUCACCCUGCCAUCCGUACGUGAGGCCGUGUCCAAGCUUUUGAGCCCCAAUCCGAGCUUGGCGGACUCUAUAUGCAGCAAGUGCGUGAGAUUAAGCAACUGGUAUGGUGUGAUCCCGGAGCUUUGGCCCAACGCCAAGUAUGUUUAUGGCAUUAUGACCGGAUCCAUGGAGCCAUACUCGAAGAAGUUAAGGCAUUAUGCAGGACGCCUACCCCUCAUGAGUGCCGACUAUGGGUCUUCGGAAGGAUGGAUCGGUGCUAAUGUCAACCCGAGUGUUCCUCCUGAAUUGGCUUCCUUUGCUGUGCUCCCCAACAUUGGCUAUUUUGAGUUCAUCCCUCUGGAGAAACCCAAGGGGCAGCAGCUGGCGAAAACUGCCUCCACCAUUCACUAUACAGAAUCUGAGCCGGUCGGCCUGACCCAAGUUGAAGUCGGCAGAGAGUACGAAAUCGUCAUCACCAAUUUUGCAGGUCUGUAUCGGUACAGGUUGGGAGACGUGGUAAGGGUAGCCGGCUUCCACAACUCCACCCCGGAGCUUCAGUUCAUAUGCAGGCGAAGCCUGAUGCUGAGCAUCAACAUCGAUAAGAACACCGAGAAAGACCUGCAGAUGGUUGUCCAGGAAGCAGCCAAGCUCCUGGCCGCGGAAAAGCUCGAGGUUGUGGAUUUUACCAGCCAUGUCGACACCUCAACGGAGCCCGGACACUAUGUGAUCUUUUGGGAGCUAAGCUCUGACACAACCGAGGAAGUUCUCCGUAGCUGCUGCGAUAUCUUAGACCUGUCCUUCAUCGACGCCGGCUACGUCGGAUCUAGAAAGACAGGUGCCAUUGGAGCUCUGGAGCUUCGGGUGGUACGCAGGGGGACGUUCGAGAAGAUAUUGGAGCACUACAUUGGACUUGGAGCGGCGCUGAGUCAGUUCAAGACGCCACGCUUUGUUGGCCUGUCAAACAGCAAGGUGCUGCAGAUCUUGUGUAGGAACGUCACAGGAUGUUACUUUAGCACCGCCUAUGCCAUCUGAAACACCUCUUCUGUGUCUCCAUCCUGUUCUGUGAUGCGUUUCUUGUCUCUAGUCCUGUAAAUAUUCAUGCUUCUUACUGCAAGAACAGUGGUGCAAAUCAAUUGCGGUUGAAAUUUGAAUGUACGAUGCGACAAAGUCGAUUUCUGGCGCAAGCCUGGUAAA